AUGAUUCCACCCAAUGUCGAGUCUGUGCAGAUAUGCUGUGACGAAGAGGAGACGGAUCCCUUCGGUGUCCCUGAGCGGACCGUGGACAUGGCGGUGUCGUGUCUCUCCAUGCACUGGGUCAACGACCUUGAAACGGCCAUGGUGAAUAUCCGCAGGGUUCUGAGGAAAGACGGCUUUAUGCUGCACUCUAUGUUUGGUGGCAAUACCCUUUAUGAGCUCCGCGAGUUUUUCUCCAUGGCGCAAACGGAAGUGCUGGGCAGGGUAUUGCCGCACAUUUCGCCCAUGAUUGAUGGUGCUGGGUUGUCAACGCUUGUGCUGCAGACCGGGUUUAAUCUCCCCAGCAUUGACGUGGAUCGUCACCUACUGCUGUACCAAACACCGUUCCACCUUAUGGAGUAUCUAUCAGCGAUGGGGGAAAGCGCGUGCCACUACAAGCGCCAUCCUUUGAACCGCGAUGUGCUGCUUGCGGUGUGUGCCACGUAUGACGCCAUGUACGGAAAAAACGAACUCAUUCCUGCAACGUUUGAAAUGUUUCACACCAUCGCAUGGAGCCCUAGUCCAACACAGGCAAAACCGCUUGAGCGAGGUAGCGGCAUGGUGCCUCUUUCUAGUUGGAACUCGCACAGCCGGAAGCGGCUACAGGAGCUUCUGGAUGAGUUUGCGCAAAAUCUGGACGAUGAGGCGCUGCAAUCACGGGCGGAAGACCUGUUCCAGCAGCUGCAUGAGGAGAGUGUGGCGUUGCUUGAGCAGAAAGGCCUCGAUGUGCGGAGGCUGGACAAGCGUCCGCGACGAGGAGGCACGAGAGAUAGAAAAACGCAAGCCUGA